AUGGAUUUCGAUGAGGUGCUGCGGGAGGUGGGCUCCUUUGGGCUAUACCAGAAAGUCAUCAUAUGUACGGUUCUAUUGCCAGCCGCUCUUCCCUGCGCCUUUCACGCCUAUAGCCAGUUGUUUAUAGCGGCCACACCACAGCACUUUUGUCGAGUUCCAGAGCUGGAGCCAUGGACGCAGGACUACGUGCAGCUGGUGAAGAACUUGAGCAUUCCUCGCAAUCGUAAUGGAGCCUAUGCCGAGUGUUCUAUGUACGCGAGGAAUUACAGCGAUAUAGUCCGUUAUCUGGAGUACCGCCCUCCUCCGAGUUUGAUUCGUCAGCAGGCGGAUGAUUUGCUCAAGUUGCAGCCCGACACGGCGCAAGUGGUGCCAUGUCAACAUGGUUGGCACUACGAUAAAUCCAUAUACUCCAGUACGGUGGUUCAAGAGUGGAACCUGGUUUGCGACCGUAGCUUCCUGGUUACCCUGGCUUUGGUUGUCUUCGGUAUUGGUGGACUUUUGGGUAACUAUGUUUUUGGAUACCUAGUUGAUUUGUGGGGUCGGCGCCCCUCUUUCUACGCCUAUCUGCUGCUUGAGAUUACCGCCUGUGCUGCAAGUGCCUUCGCCUGGAACUAUUAUACCUGGUUGGGCAUGCGAUUUGUGGUGGGCCUGACAGUACCGGCAAUCCUUGCAAGUCCUUAUGUCCUGGCCAUCGAGCUGGUGGGUCCGGAUAAGAGAGUGUUCUGCACAAUCGUCUCGAAUAUUGCCUAUUCCUUGGGCUUGGUGGUGCUGGCCGGAGUAGUAUACGUCGUCCGGGAUUGGCGAGAACUCAGUUUGGCUGUGUCCAUGCCGCUGCUGAUGCUGUUCUCCUGCUUUUUCGUGCUGCCAGAAUCGCCGAGAUGGUUAAUGGCCAUGGGAAAAACCAGAAAGGCCACGAAAAUACUUAAGGUCAUGGCCAGAUUGAAUGGUGUGCGUGUGAAUCGCGAUUUUAUGGAACGCCUGCAGCGGAAAUUGUUUAGCUCAAAAGCUGCAGAAGCUGAAUCAACGUCUAAUACUCACUAUGGCAUUCUGGACUUGUUUCGGGGACCCAAUAUGCGUCGUAAGACCUUAAUCAUCACCCUAAUUUGGUUUGCCAACACAAGUGUCUACGUUGGAUUAAGUUACUAUGCCCCAGCUCUUGGAGGGGAUGAGAUCUGGAACUUCUUUUUGGCCGGGGCAGUCGAACUGCCAACAUAUUUGUUGCUCUGGCCGGGAUUGAGUUACUUUGGAAGGCGUUGGAUCCUUUUUAUUUCGAUGCUGGUGGGAGGAGUGGCCUGCGUGGCCACGUUCGUCUAUCCGGACAUUACGCUGCUGCUCUACUGCGUAGGCAAGAUGGGCAUUAGUUCGUCCUUUGUGGUCCUGCCGCUCCUGGCAUCGGAAUUAUAUCCCACGGUGGUGCGGGGACUGGGCAUGAGCUUCAGUUCGGUGGUGGCCAUGGUUGGACCUAUAGUUAUACCGAUGAUUAAUCAUAUGGGCCAACACGGUUUUUCAAUUCAUGGUAAAGAUGAUUUAUCGGCUCAUGGUAGAGAUGAUUCGAUUCGGGUCGUCCUACCAUUAAUAGUGAUGGGAGGCCUGCUGAUCCUGGGAGGUUUCGCUAGUCUUCUGUUGCCGGAGACACGAAAUCGUAAUCUUCCGCAGACUUUGGAAGAAGGUGAGGCGGUGCCCCUGAGUUUUCUUCUCUGCUGUUGUGUGGAAAGUGAACGAAAGCCCAACAAUAUACGGAUGAAUCCACAAAAAAGGACUAUUCCGGUGGUCGGAACGCCAGUUUUCCAUCGUGUUGACACUCCUGUGUCGGGUAGAGUUGCCUGCAAGGUAGUUUGCAGCAUUUGUAAAAAGGAAAUGCGUACUCUUUAGUUAGCCAAAAUAUGUUUAAUUUUAAAAAUCAAUUAAAGAUUGAAAAUAUUUCAUUUUCGAGUUUAUGGCGGUAGUUUAUCAUCGACAUCUGGCAACGCUGUAUAUUAUGUAUGCUUGAAUAUUGCUACAGUGGUUGUGGGAUAACAAUAAUUCUUGAAAUUUACACCAAUUUAAUAAAACAGAAAUUAAUUCGAUUUUAUAUGUGUCAAACGAAUUUUAACUAAUAAUAGCAUUUAAACAUUGUAGAUCUUGUUGAUAUCAUUGUCCGUUGAUACCAUUAUUGUCCGUCUGGUAACACCUUUUCUUAGUUAUUAUUGUAGUGCUGUUAUGGUAAUUAUUUCAUACGGUUUUUUUUUUAUUUUGGAACGCUAAUUAAUGAAAUUUUAUUUCACAUUGAAAACAAAGCUUAUUUUAAAAAGUUUUUGAAAAUGGACAUCCAUAUGUACAUAUAUUUCUUAACUAUAAAUUGUAUAAGUAUGUAUGAGUGUAUUAAAGACGAGUUGGCAGGCCAACCGGCAAAUUUAAAUGGUCAGAAAUCAAAGUAAAUAAAAAAACAAUAGGUCCCCAAUAAACAUCAAUUAAAGACUUAUAAUUUCUCAGACCUAAUAGAAUUAGCUUACUGCAAAUGACCUCGCCAACUGAUAGAAACCAAAACAUUUGCAUCAACCUUAAUAUUAUAGGUCGUUUAAAAAGCUGAUAAGAAACCGCAAUCACUUGUUUAUGCGCACAUAUAGAAACUUCAAGAAACAUUCCGGUUGAACUGGCCUAAUCGCAAUAUUAAGCCAAUUUAAAGGUGACUCAUUGGAAGAUUUUCAAACGACUACACACGAAUGCUCAGCAAGACACAUUUACCGCAUGCUUUGGCUUUUUAACUUUGUAUUUUGGCCGGAUAAUUAUGAUGUUACGAAGGGGUUAAAGUUUCUUUUGAAGAAGGUUUUUUUUUACCAUCUGCGUUUUUUAGUUUAUUAUUCCCAAUGUCAACAAGUUUUUACUGCCGCGUGCUUUUAUACAGCGCCCCUUCCACCCCCUAAAAACCACACACAAAAGCGUUGCUAUGCAUACACACACUGGCUUACUCACACACAUGUCGAUUAUGCAAGCAAAAAACUAAAAAAAAGAAAAUAAAACCAAAAGCAAAACGAGAAAUAUGGAUAAUUCAUAUGUUUUUUACAGUUCUUUUAAUGUAAUGUAUGUAUGAUGGUCUAAAACAAUAGUUUACAAAUUAUAAAAACGUUUUCAACAAUUUUGGUACAUAAUUUUCGAAUCGAAAUCAAAUAAUAAUUAUGGUCUCAGCCUGUUUACGUUUUGAAUUGAGGAUUGUUUUGAGGGCGGGGUUUACAUCGAAAAGUCGGAAGUUCGGGAAAAUAGGUAAAGAGCUAGUGCUAAAAAUAUAUAUUCCUCUCUGUCGCGACUUGGCAAUGACUUAUUCUGGAGUGUCUGCGUUAUUCCCCUAAUCACCUCGAUUCAAUUCUUCCGAAAACCGUAUUUAUAUAUAGUAUGUAGUGUGUAUUACGAGGGCAUAUAUAUAUCUAUAUAGAUACAUCUGUGUAUUUCCUUGGGAGGGCGGCAAAAACUAGAAUGUGUGUGUUUGUGUGUAUUGUUUGGACUGUAGUUUUUCAUUUUGUUGGUUAAGGAAACGUGCUUUAAUCGCUUUGGAAAAAUACAUUUGACGGUUCCAAACUAUUACUAUUAGAUUAAGAUUGAAGGGUUCCCUUAGUAUGUUAAGUAUAGUUAUUAUGCUUAUGUGUUCUGUUCAGCGCUCACUCGGAUGCCUUUAUUUUUGUUGUAUUUUUAGUAUAGUGUGUUUAGCAUGACCCCCAGAAAAGUGGCUAGAGGG